AUGCUUUCCCGCUCUGCUAUUAGAACAGCUGCAAGAUCUGUUGUUGCUACCAACGCUGCUCGUGCUCUCAACCGUGUGGCUCGUCCAGCCAUGAUGGUUGCCGGCCGUCGUUUCGCCUCUGCUAAGGCUCAACCAACUGAGGUUUCCUCCAUCUUGGAGAGCAGAAUCAGAGGUGUCUCUGAGGAGGCUAACUUGGAUGAGACCGGAAGAGUCUUGUCUGUUGGUGAUGGUAUUGCUCGUGUCUACGGUUUGAACAACUGUCAAGCUGAAGAGUUGGUUGAGUUCUCCUCCGGUGUUAAGGGUAUGGCUCUUAACUUGGAGCCAGGUCAAGUUGGUAUCGUCUUGUUCGGUUCCGACAGAUUGGUCAAGGAGGGUUCCACCGUCAAGAGAACUGGUAAGAUUGUUGAUGUUCCAGUUGGUCCAGAGAUGUUGGGUCGUGUUGUUGACGCUUUGGGUAACCCAAUCGAUGGUAAGGGUCCAAUCAAGGCUGAGAAGCACUCCAGAGCUCAAGUUAAGGCUCCAGGUAUUCUUCCAAGAAGAUCUGUCCACGAGCCAGUUCAAACUGGUUUGAAGUCUGUCGAUGCCCUUGUCCCAAUUGGUAGAGGUCAAAGAGAGUUGAUUAUCGGUGACAGACAAACCGGUAAGACUGCCGUUGCUAUUGACACCAUCUUGAACCAAAAGAGAUGGAACAACGGUACUGACGAGUCCAAGAAGUUGUACUGUGUCUACGUUGCUGUUGGUCAAAAGAGAUCCACCGUUGCUCAAUUGGUUCAAACCUUGGAGGAGCACGAUGCCUUGAAGUACUCUGUUAUUGUUGCUGCCACUGCUUCUGAGGCUGCUCCAUUGCAAUACUUGGCUCCUUUCACUGCUUCCGCUAUUGGUGAGUGGUUCCGUGACAACGGUAAGCACGCUUUGAUCAUCUUUGAUGAUUUGUCCAAGCAAGCUGUUGCCUACCGUCAAUUGUCUUUGUUGUUGAGACGUCCACCAGGUCGUGAGGCUUACCCAGGUGAUGUUUUCUACUUGCACUCCAGAUUGCUUGAGAGAGCUGCUAAGAUGAACGACACCCUCGGUGGUGGUUCCUUGACCGCUUUGCCAGUCAUUGAGACCCAAGGUGGUGAUGUCUCUGCUUAUAUUCCAACCAACGUUAUUUCCAUUACCGAUGGUCAAAUCUUCUUGGAGGCUGAAUUGUUCUACAAGGGUAUCAGACCAGCUAUCAACGUCGGUUUGUCCGUCUCCCGUGUCGGUUCCGCUGCUCAAGUUAAGGCCAUGAAGCAAGUUGCUGGUUCCUUGAAGUUGUUCUUGGCCCAAUACAGAGAAGUUGCUGCUUUCGCCCAAUUCGGUUCUGAUUUGGAUGCUUCCACCAAGCAAACCUUGGCUAGAGGUGAGCGUUUGACUCAAUUGUUGAAGCAAAAGCAAUACCACCCAUUGGCUGCUGAGGAGCAAGUCCCAUUGAUUUUCGCUGGUGUCAACGGUUUCUUGGAUAGCAUUCCAUUGGAGAAGAUUGAGGAGUUUGAGACUGCUUUCUUGUCCUCCUUGAAGGCCAACAACGCCGACAUCUUGGAUGCCAUCAGAGAGAAGGGUCAAUUGUCCGACGACUUGUUGGCUAAGUUGAGAACUGCUACUGAGCAAUUUGCUGCUACUUUCUAA